AUGUCCGACCAAUAUAACCCAGAGAUGGGGUUCGCAGCGCCUGCUCCUCUCGGUCAUGCCUCACCUCGCACCUCACGUUCAGGCUCAAUGGGCACACGGCGGGCUUCCAAUGACCAGGUCGCUUCAAUACCUUCAUCCUCCAAGAGCAACAAUGCUGGUUCCUCGUCCGGCUCAGCCCCACUCUCCCCUUCGGUACAAGCUCAGCUUGGCGCAGCGUCCCUUCACGUCUCGCUGCCACCCAACUUUCCGCAGCCGGUCCAGACUUCCUUCUCACCUCCAGCGAGCAGGCAUGUUUCCAACACCACAGUUGUCAACCCAUUCACCAGCCCUUCCAUAUCACAGUUACUUUCGCCUCCGCUUCCACCAGAAGCUAGCAGCAAUAUUAGUCCCAACGUGCCAAGUAGCAGCAGAUCCGCAGCCAGUGCAAUUACGAACGCCAAUCCCUUUUCCUCCUCGCCGACCUCAUCACCAAAGUCGGCAGCCAGAGCGCUCUCCUCCGAACACUCACCCACCAAACCGACCAGCUCACGAUCUCCGAGACCGUCGACAGCGUUAUCUUCAGCAGCUCCGUUCAACCCCAAUGCUCCCUUUUCUCCGCCAGAGACCUAUACCUACGGACGUGGACCCAUCAAGCGUGACAGUCCCGGCACCAAAAGCGCACGCAGCACGCCAGGUCGCUCGUUGAACAUGCAAACCGACCAUGUUUUGCGACGCGAAUUUGCUGAUGCCUCGCGGAACGACUUCGAGCUCAGCCUUCCGCCAGCCAUGUUGAGCUCUGGGCGAAAGGCCAGUGUCAGUCUUCACCUCUUCAAGGAGACUUCCUCCAACAAGCCUUCUCAUGCUGCCCUUGCUAGCAGUCGAGAGCGCCCUGUUGUAGAAGAUGAUGACGGCUACGAGCCUGCGCUUCGAUCUCGGCAUGAUCCACACGAGCUCUUGACCAGCCGCAAGCCUGUUCGAUCCAGUACCAUGCUUCCUGCAGCCCUGCAGCGCAAUGCACCAUCUGGCUCCUCAGCCAACUGGCAACCCAAAAGCACCUCGCAUCUACCCCAUGCGCAGCAACAGUCUUCAACACUACUUACCGUUGGCGAUGAUGGCUCGGCGAUUUUUCGUCCGGCAACGCCCUCCUUACUGCUAGCACAGGGCGAUGACUCCACCAACAACUACUUCUCGCAGGCGGACGUUGAGACCGUCUCCACAGCUAGCGCACCCGUCCGUGCUGCAGAGCUGUCAACCAUGCCAACGCCUGGCCGCCCGCCUCGUCGCUCACAGACUCUCGCUUCACUCGGCAACAUAGCUGCCGACUACGACGCGUCACGCAAGCUGCUCGACCCUUCAUCAUUGGAACCACUCGAUGCGCGACCCAUACCCAUCUCUCGUCCGCGUCUCUCUCCCAAACAUACAGCUACGCCAGCAAGGGGCCCUCUCAGCCCAGCUAAAGUCACCGUCAGUCGCAAGGAAGUACCCUCCAUCAAUGCUCCCAGCCACGACGGUCCCGACAUUCCCGUCGAGUCUGUGUCGGUGCCCUCCAACUUGCAGCGACAUUCUUCCGUGCCAGAGACAGAGUGGGCAGGAGCUGCAUGGCCAGCAAAGCUUGCAAUGGCACGUAGACGCAGUCUGAACGAGAUGACGCACAGCUCUUCCGACUAUGAAGAGGUUGGCAAUGACAAGAUGGACGACUCGUUCGACAGGCACGAGGAUGACGACCUGUUCGACGAAGAGGUGACCGAUGUCAUUGUCGACUUCACCAGCUCAGACGAUGAUGGUGGGCACGGGUUCAACCACGAUCUUGCGGACGAAGACGAUCUUCAGAUGAGUGGCUCUGAAUGGGAAGCCGGCAAAGCCCCGGCGACUUCUACCAAAGCCAAGGUUGCGGCAGGUCAUCAUGCUAAUGCUGUAUCCCGGCACGCUCGGCCGUCACAGCGUUCUCGGAGGACGUCGUCAACGGAGCCAUCUGCUGUCGUCCAGCUGCAGCCCUAUCACAAUCAGGUCGGUGGCCACAACUCGAUCUUCCAAUUCUCAAAGCGUGCUGUUUGCAAACCGCUCGUUGGCAGGGAGAACGAAUUCUACGAGGCGGUAGAAAGGGAACACCCGGUCUUGCUAUGUUUCAUCCCGCAAUACCUGGGCGUUCUCAACGUCACCUACCGACACGUCGAACAGGACCAACAGGACAACAUCUCGCAGCCCCCAUCAGCCGUCAACGAGAACCAGGACGCCAAUCGCGCGUCGCAGUCAGAAUCUGUACUCAAUCUUGCUGGACCAGCCAGCGCGGACAAUGCCUGCUCUCGCAUUGCCGAAUGCAUCACUGGUGUAGAAGAACGCAGACCACGGGAGAGAAGCCAGUCGCGUGGCGGGCGAGUCCGACGCAAGGUAUUCGAAGGACAGGAGGAUUGGGGAAAAGAGAUCCCAGAAGUCUCGCUUGACCUCAACCGACACAUUGUUCCUGAAUGGAUGCUACGGCGGUGCAAGCUUGCGCCUAAGGCAGUCGAGCAAGCCGAGGCGGUGCGAGAUCGCAGCAGAAGCCGAUCACAAAGUCGCGAGUCCGGCUCCAGACAACCACGCCACACCGCCUCUUCGCUCGAGCGAGUCAAAGCCACCUUCCACACGCCAGACGCACAGCUGCGCCGAGGCACCAGUCCAAGUCGUGAUGGUUUCUACCCUCUAGCUUCCUACGAAAAGGCGGCGAGAUUCUUGCCCGAUCGACCUACUUCUGCAUCCAACACUGCGGACAAGGAUUUGAGCUCAAGCCCACUUACUCCAGCCAUCUCACCAGACGCCUCGCCGAGAUCGACUCGCUCGAUGAGCCAUGGCGCCGACUGGGGCGGACGCGCCCGAGAACAUGACUCUGGUAGACUGCACUCGUCAAGCUUUGGUCAUUCAAGUUCGACCCUAGGUCCUCUUGCCCGAUCUCGAAGCCCCGCCACGAGCGCUCUCAGCAUGACAAGCCGAACACCUUCGCAGAUCUCCCAGAGAUCGCAGCCAGUCAGCACCAACAACGCCGCACACAACGCUCAGAUCUUGAAUGGCAUCCACGGACGCGGCAUCACCACUGUCAAUCGUAGAUUACAGGAACAAGUGUUGCGUGAAGUGUUCAGCAGCCCUAUGCUCAAAGAUGGACUUGAGCCUCGUUACGGCUCGAGUGCCAAACGUAAUGCUCGCAAGAACCGACGAAGACUGGCAAAGGCAUGGGAAGAGAGCGAAGAGGGCGAGCGACUUCGCAUCACGCGCAACCUCGGUUCUACUCCUGGCUCUAGGGACACUUUGUCUGCAGCGGUAGCGAUGAGAGGCGAUCUACGCACACCUGAUCCUAUCAGCAGCGGCAGUGUGAGCGUUGCUAGCGAAUUUGCACCGACUGCAUCGUCUUCGCCGAUUCACUACCGAGGUCAAGCACGCCACCCAUCGACUCCUCCUAGGACUCCGCCAUUCGGUCCAACUAAUAUGACGGCUUCCUCGUCGACAUCCCUAAAGCUGCCUCCGACUGCUGAGAAUGGGUCUCCAGGCGCUGCAUUGUCUGAAGCAGCUCAAACAGAUGCCCUGACGCAACAUCGACGACGUGUGCUCAGCGACGUCUCGCUGGCCCUCAAGACCAAGGCACCAGGCUCGACAGCGGCAUCUCGCAGCAACCUCGCGUACCAGACUGUGAUUGAGCCACCCCUUACCCAGCCAGUCCCGGAGACCGAGACGGCGACAACAUCUUCCGAUCCGACAGCCGAGAUCCGUGAAGAGAUGGAGACACUGGCCCUCACUGAAGAGCCAGAAGAGACGGGAACCGCACCUGUAAUUAGCGAGCCAGUCCUGGAGGGAGACAAGAGCGUUUCCGUGCCUACAGCUCCAGUCUCUGCUGCCAUCGCGGAUGCAGAAAAGGCUGAGGCCCGUGUUUCCUCUGACGGCACGUGUCGCCAAGAACAGUUCCUGCUCAUGGAGGAUCUCACCGGACGACUCAAAUCGCCUUGUGUUCUCGAUCUCAAGAUGGGAACGCGUCAGUACGGUCUCGAUGCAACGGAUGCCAAGAAGAAGAGCCAAACAAAGAAGUGCGACAAGACUACUUCGCGCAGUCACGGUGUGCGUAUCUGCGGCAUGCAAGUGUACGACUGCGUUCACGACUCGUUCAUCUUCCAAGACAAGUACUACGGGCGUAAGGUUUUGCCUGCCGAAUUUCCCUCCGCUCUCGCCCGAUUCUUCUACGAUGGCAGCAAGAUCCUUAUGUAUCACGUCCCGUUAAUCUUGCAAAAGAUUUACCAUCUAGCAAGGAUCGUAUGGGGCCUUCGCGGGUAUCGAUUCUACGCGAGCAGUCUGCUAUUCAUCUACGACGGCGAUUGCGAGACGCAGAGGAAGUUGGAGGAGGAAUUCGACAAAAGGUGCGAACAAGGGGUUGGUGGCACAGUGGCCCCGAGUCAGAUGAUCUUGGAUGCCGGUGUGUUGCCUCCCUCCGCGUCGAGCUCUCUGACCAAGGCUGAAGAGAGCGGCAACGGCAAGUGGAACGAUGUGGCUGAUCUGGUGGAAGGUGGAGCGAGCAGCUACAGUAUCGGUUCGAGUCCGCUGCUUGGCCCUGUCGGAACUGGGACUGCAACCGAACCUGCACUACGACGACGCAGGAGGAGAGGAGAGAUCAAUAUCAGGAUCAUCGAUUUUGCUCACUGCACCACCGGUAACGAUUACUACUUCCCUCCCGCCGAUGGAAGGGAGGAGGACGAGCAAGAUUCUGGUCGCAAUCCGAGGUUAUCUCUGGCUAGAUUCCCUCCGAAGCUUACGGACGGGCCGGAUAGCGGUUACCUCUUCGGUCUCAAGAACUUGGCAGCGAGCUUCGAGGAGAUUUGGGAGACAGAACGUGACAGACGGCGUAAGCUGCGAGCGGAAUUUGGCAGCGAUGUCAAGACAGACGAGAAAGGCUCCUUCAUCGGCGACUUGGGCGAUCUUCAAGUGCCAGGCAGGGAAGUGUUUGACGAGAUCUUUGGAGACGGUCCAGAUGGAUUGGAUGGAUAUGUUUCCACCUGA